AUGACUCCCUACUCUCUCCUCAGUGCGACACUUAUGGGAUCCUCUCUCGGCCUAGUGAUCUACCAGCGGCGUACCAUUUCCCUCCUCCACAACGAUACCACCACCAUCAACAGCUCUUUAUACCCUGCUUCGAUUGAGUCUUCAACAGCAACAGUACCAACAACGACAACGACUACGUUUCGGUUUAGUGUGUUCCUGCUGUCGUGCUGGUUCCCGGUCGCAGUAUGGUUCGUGACCCUGAUGUCGACUUCGUUCCUGGUCGGUCUCGAAAACUUUAUCCCCCGCUGUUUCUCCCCUCGGACAGGCAUCCUCGUCAGCCAUCUUGUCUUUGCGGUCGUCUGGGUCAUCCUCGCCUCUGUCCAAGAGGUCUACGAGAGCCUUUCGUCUUCGUCCCACCAGCAACAACCGCAGGCAGGAGUCUGGCCCUCCGAUUCAAGCGAUAGCGUGCAAACAAACAACAACGUCAUGAGAGUAGAGCACCACCCAUCUGUUUCUUCGCUUCAGCAACCACAACUUUACCAAAAAUACCCAAGCAUGCAACAAAGACAACAAGCACAACAGGGCCAGGCUCUCAGGGAUUCAAAUCUGACAGCGUCACUCUGCGUGAUCUGGUAUGUGGCGGUGAUACUUUUGGGCGUCGCCACUGCCCUCCUUGCCACCUCCAGCACUGUUCUCGACUCGAUGAUGGACCAACAGCUUCAGGAGUUGCUUGACCAAGAGGAUGAGGAUGUUGUCGGGGGUUGUGAGGAGAAGGAAUUGGGUUUCAGGGACACCGUUUCAAUCACUGUUGAUACGUCUGCGCAGAGGAUGCAAUACCCCCUGGCGCAGAAGUUGACUCUGGCCCUGAUGAUCCUGGUCCUCUUCUACAGCCAGAUGUGGUUCUUUGAAUGGAUCCACUCGGCCCUCUCUUCCCUCUCCUCCUCUGGUCUUGCAGUGUCGACCCGCCUCGGUCUGUUUGGUCUCUUCUCCAGCUCGAUCAUGGUCACCCUCGGCGCAAGACUCCUUCCUGUUACCACCACUUCGACCAUCGGAAGCCGAUAA